GUAGGUGUAACUGGUUCCUAUCUGUUCAGUGAUUUAAGUGCCGUUUACGUAGAUGGGGGAGUAGAUCUUGUACGUUGUAAGAUAUUGGCUGAGACUAUCCACUUUGAUGAAAUAUUUGUUCAGCCUGCAAAUCAAAGUAUCCCAAAAAAAAGUAAUCCACUCCUGGACCAUUUUCACGUCUGGUCGGUCAGUCAACGAAGCCCACACAGUUCGCAUAUUUCCACGUGUGUUUUCUCCAAACCCACAAGACUCUGGGUCUGGGAAGGUGGAAAUAUGAUCACUGCCCCCGAUGUCGUGGCUCUCACCCGCGAAGAUGACUACGGGGAGCGGUACAGCGAAGAGCCGGCACCCCCUUUCCAAUUUCAACCUGAAAACCCCUGGUCCAAGACGGCCACGGCUAAAUUCGAGAAGGAUUUCAUUCUCAUUUCCGAGUUUUCCGAGCAGGUAGGCCCUCAGCCUUUGUUAACGAUCCCGGACAAUGCCCGCGGUAACUUUGAUCUCAACUAUUUCUCUCUCAGGAUCAUGUCUGUGGAUUAUCAAGCCUCUUUUGUGGGGCACCCUCCUGGGACGAGUUAUCCCAAACUCAACUUCGUCGAGGACUCCAAGGUGGUGCUGGGGGACUCUAAGGAGGGGGCUUUCGCUUAUGUUCAUCAUUUGACUCUCUAUGACUUGGAAGCGAGGGGCUUCGUCAGACCUUUCUGCGUGGCUUAUAUCUCCACGGAUGAAAACAAGAUCAUGCAGCAGUUCCAGGAACUUUCGGAUGACUUUUCCAAAGCCUCCGAGUGUUUGAAAACUGGCAACAGAAAAGCAUUUGCCAAUGAACUGGAAAAGAAACUUCAGGACCUGGAAUACACUAGGAAUGUAUUACAUAAUGAAACAGAAAUCCAGAAAAAGUCUAACGAUAAAGGAUAUUACUCCUCGGUAGCAAUAGAAAAGGCCAAUGAACUAGCCAAUGUGGAAAAGUGUAUAAUUGAACAUCAAGAUCUCUUAAUGCAAAUUAGAAAUUAUUCGUACAAAAAAACAAGAGAUGUGGAUUAUUUUUCUUAUGAGCCAGAUAAUGGUACAGAACACUCAGACUCUGGGUUGGAGCAGUUGCAAAAUAGGGAUGAAUUAUGUGAAAAAAAUAAUUUUUCUGAUAGAUCUUACAUUCCCAAAUUCACAAAAGCUAAGUCGGCAAAAUGCUUUGAAAAGAAACUGAAAACCUUAGAGGAGCUUUGUGACAGUUACUUUUUUAAUCAAACAUUAGAACAACUUAGGCAGGUAGAGAAAUUCUUCAGGGGAGAUGUAUGCUAUCUCCUGACCAGUCAAAUUGAAAAAGUGCUUCUUCAGCAGCAACAGACAACUUCUUUCCUCUUUGAAGACCCGCUACUUUUCACUGGUGAAGAACAAACUGAAAAGGAACAGCACUGUGAAAAACUGCUGCCUAGUUUUAAUAUUAUCAGUGCUAAGGUUUUUGAGCACCCUUUUUUAUCAAAUGAGUCCACCAACUGUGAGUCAUAUAAGUCUUGUGUGGAGUCUGUACCUAUUAAACUGGAUCAGCAGAUCAGUGUUGAGAAUCAUCAUGGGACUAUGGCUGAUUCCAUUCCAUGCAAAAAUCCCCUAGGAACUUCAGACUAUCUUGAAUUGGAAGGGAAAGAGAAAGGAAGUAUCAGUAGUGGUGAAAGCAUUGAAGUCCUGGGUACAGAAAAAUCCUGCCCAGCCCCAAUGUUGUUAUCCAAAUCUGACAACCAACCAAACUCGCAGAGCCAGCACUUGGAAGUUGUGAGGAGGAAAUUUGUGGGUACCAAGCGGACAAACAGCGAGGACAGCAUUGAAGUUCUAAGUACCACUGAAUCUCUGAUCCCUGAAGACCUUAAGCCCAUCUAUCCAAAUGCAAUACAUGAAGAAGAACCACCUUUAGAAGAUGAAGAAAUAGUGAUGAGCACAGGUCUUGUGCAACCUGAUGCAAAUCUAAAUCAUGCUAAUCGAUUUAGCAAUGCAAAUUUUGAAAAUAAAACCAUAACCUUGUCUGUUUUAUCUGAGCCUGUUGACCCUUCUUGUUGUAUUGGGAAAGAGAGCCCACAUUUUACUAAGUCAGUACCUACAUUUGUAACUGAAGAGUACAGUGAUGAAGUUGUCAAUGUUCCACCACAACGCAGUAAAACCAUAGGGCAAAUAUUCCACAGUGAUUACCAGCAGAAAGAUGAUGGAGGUGGAUUGCAUAAUACUGCAGACCAAGUAUUCUCUGCCUGUGAAAAAGAAUACAGUGAUCUACCUGGUAAUGAAGAAACUGCUCAAAUUCCUGUGGAUGAAUACUUGGACAACAUGAGUUACAUCAGUGCAUCUUUAUGUUCUGAUAGAACUCCAUCUCCAGCCCUCCCAACCAGUCCAUCGAAGAGACCCUCUGGAAAACGCAAGAAACAUUCGGGGAAGAACUCUCUGUGGUUUAUACGGCAAUAUUCUUUUGCACAGCAGGCAAUAUUUUCAUUGCUGUCUGGUCGGACUCUUGUAGUAGUUGGUGAACAAGAAGGAAAAGUCAAGAAGCUUGUCAAUGCUUUGUCGAUAUUUGUACCUAAUUAUGGUAGGGAUGCAGAUUCUGUAAAGCAAUGGAUAACUUUCCCUUUGCACAUCGAUGAUUUGCAGACCUGGAAACUCAUCGGACUUCAGAGAAUAGCUUCUCCUCUGGGUACCAGUAUGCUGCAUUCGCUGAAUCGAUAUAGUCGCUACAUCAGCAUUCUAGACUGUGACAACAAAACUCUCCGUUGCCCGCAAUAUAAAGGACAGCUGAUUACCAGGCUGGCAGACCAUAGGACUCAGAUAAAGCGGGGCAGCACAUAUUAUAUGCAUGUUCAUAAUAUGCUAACCCAGCUUUGUUCCCAGGCUUUCCUCUAUACUUUUUGCCAUCACCUGCAUCUUCCCAUCGAUGAAAGAGAAAGUGAAGAAUCGGUGACCUAUCGGAGAGUAAACUUUUUAAAGCAUCAUCUGGGCCUGAUGAAUGAUGAUAGCAAAAUUGUGCAAUACUUUUCAGAACUGAUAAAGAUGCACUACUUGCAUGAACCUCCAAAGGGCUUAAAUCCAGUUCUGCGAUUUAACUACAUCCCCAGUGUUGUGUUUAAGAUCUAAUUCUGCAACAUUUUCCAUUUCAAAGCUGAAUUUUUAUCAUGUACUUUGAUUGCAGAAAAGCAUGACCCACCUUCCAUUGUUUUUUCCUAUGUUGUUGUUCUAUCACUUGUGUUGUGCAAAAGCAGCAUUCUGGCUAUGGCAGGUAAAGGAAAUUUGAGCAUAUUUAACUUGCAGAUCAUUGGAUAAAGCUUUGACAAGAGUGAAUCGUGUGUGAAUCAAGAAUUUACAGAUCUAGCACACUGAAUUAUCUUCAGCACAGUAUACCAAGUUAUGUUUCUUUAAGUAUCAGACAGGGGAGAAAUGACCUGAUGACAAAGCAUGGGGGUAUACCUAAAUGUGCAGUUGAGGCAAGGCUUUUGUUUUUUGAUGCUUUGUUCCAUUUUCUGUUGAGUCUUUGGAGGUUUCUGUAAUACGGGUGUUUGAAGUGGACAGUGUGCUGGUGGAAUCCAAAAAAAAUCAAGGUGAACUAAGAGGCUCAGAAACUGAAUAUCACCAGGUUAGUUCUAAAGCGAUCUUAACUUAUGUUGCAUGUCCAUGUUGCUGAACUGUUAUCUGGUGUGCAUAUCAGUUUUGACUAAUUUCUGGGUGGUAGGUUGUGUUGUAACAAUACAGUUAUAACCAGAUUAUCUGCAGUCUUCUACCAUGUGAAUAGUAACUUGUGAAUCUUGUCCAGAAAAUAAAUUCAGUUUUUCAAUCUUCCAUGACUGAUGAAGGAUUAGAGUGAUAAGGUUGCAUACAUUGUAGUGUAUGGCAAUGUUGCUUUUUCAUGAUACAUGACAUUGUUAACUUUCAACAAAAAAUCGCGUCACUAAUCGUAGCUGAUUGUUACUUGCAUGCUGUCAGUAUGGAUCCAAGUCUCAUUCUGGUUUUGCAUUGCCAACAGUGGGAAGCCCAAUUUGCAAAAUUAUCUAUGGUUGUGGUUGGGAAUCAAAAGAGAAGAGGAAAUGGGAAAGGCUAGAAUUAAAUACAUCUGUGUAUAUCUAUGUCUGCUUAAUUAUUUGAGUUGUAUCAGGGUUUGCAAUGCUCUUUGACUCUCCAUCAGCAUUUUCACUAAGUUCACUGGAAGUGAAACUUUAAAUAUUGCAGAAAUUUGAAUUUUAAAAGGGAAAAAAAUGCUGCAGAUUGUUCAGUUUAUUUUAAUUGGGGGAAGAAAUUUGGUCUAGACUGACAAAAUGAAGAUCUCUGUAUUUAUCAAUGCCAGUGGAAGAUGGUGGGAAUUAGAAAACUGGUUUUUACCAUAAGAAUUGAGGAGAGGAAUUAAAACAAUCAGUCUGGCUGAAGUUCCGAAUCUUCAAGCUGUAUAAUUGAGCUCCCUGCACUCUGGCUUCUUAGCAAUGUUACAUGAUGAAGUAGACCUUCAAAAGAAGGAAGAAAAUAUAAAUCUGCCUUUUUACCUUGCUGAUGCUGGUGGUGUGUCUGACUGAUAUGAACCAAAGUCUAAUUAUUAACACUGCCUAUAGGCUGGUUGAAGCACCACAAGUUGAAGCAAGACCAUGUUAUCAUUCCUGUUUAUACAGAUCUAACAGUCAAGAAAAGUUGGUAGUUUAGGUUCAUAAACUUUUUUGGAUUAUUUCAAAAUUCUGACUAUUUGCAAGGCAAGCAAUUUAGAGUCCCUUUGUGUUUGGUGUUCAUAUUUUAAAAAAAAAACAUUUUGUAUAAUCUUCACAGUGAAAAUGAGUGUGAAAAGAAGAUCUCAAAGAUUUUGGCAUUGUGAAAACUGCCCUGAAGUAUAUCCCCACAAAAUGUAGCAGUUUAACUUGAGUCAUCAGUGUUGGAAAAUUGCAGCUUACUGAAAAUUUUUUUCCAGAAUCUAUAUGACUAGAUUUUCCAGAAUCUGACCACAAUAAUUAUUGUUAACUGAAAGAUUAAAUGUAAAUAUAACAUUAGGCAUCAACGGAACAUGAUUACUGCAUCAACUUCAAUUGUGGUCAUGGAUGUAUCAGGUGUAUUUUGGGCAGCAUGAGAUUUCUGUAACUACUGUCUGCAGAUGAUCUCCCUUUCGGUUUUGUGGCACCAGACAUCGCAAUCAAUUAGUUUUUGCACAACACUUGGAUAUUCAAAUUUGACCAAUUCCAAUCGGAUGGAUUUUUAUUGACACCACUUUAUUUCCAUAUCACUUUAUUUUUAUGUUGAUCCAUUUUCAAUUUUCCUUUCCAAAGCAUAAAGAUUAAAUCUAUUCCAGUCCUGGUUGACAAUUCACCCAAGUAUUCAAAAGUCUCAGCCUCUGAUGUUACUUUGAAACAGGGGAAGAACUCAUUGGAGGAAAAUAUUCUGAAGGCAUGCAAUAUUUAGCCUCCAGAAUAUUGACUUGAAAUUGUUCGGAGAAAUUCAUGUAAAGUUUAGUCAAUGGCCAUUGUAUUUCCACAAUCUUCCUAACCAUUAAACUCUUAAUACAAGUCACUCCUGAGUUGUGUUAUCAGAAAUUAUGCCAUAAUAGGAUCUCAAUUUUUUCAUUCAAUGCAAUUAAAAGAUGUGCUCCAGUAGAGUGCACUCUAAUCCAAUUUACCUGUGGUUUUUAGGCAAGCAGUUUGAGGGAAGGAAUACAGCAACUAUUUGUGAUUUUUGUCUUCAGUCUCCCCUGAAGGUACUUUCUUGUUCUGAGGUACAGAUGCUGCUGGCUUUCUGGAAUCUUAUCAUUAUGCUACGUGAGCUUAGGCUAUGGCUGAUAGCUUAUUCAGUGACGGCCAAACCUAGUCCAGGAUAUUUGGCAUGCAAACUUUUCAACAAGGUUUAUUGGGUAGCAGUCAGAAACAGGAUGUCUUGCUGCCCCAGAAUGACAUUUCUUUCAAUCUGACUUGGAAAUUUAAAAAAAGUUAUAAAAUUCUCUUUAUCCACAUUCUGCAGCCUUUUAUCAAUAGAUGUCUUACCUUGUUGUGGGAAUUCACAUUUUGUUUGAAUUGUUUGUUACAGCAGUUUUCAAUUAUCACUGCUGAUUUCAACUAUUUUUAUACACAAUUUCUUUCCGUAUUGAAAAAUUUUAAAGAUCAAUUGGAAUUGAUACAUCUGAGUAGUUUAUCUUUUUGGCCAUUCAGCAUGUACCAUGACAUGCAAAAUGUAAUCCAGGCCCUUUAACCCUCCAUCUGAAAUUUAUUAAAUUCAGCUAGUCUGCUGCAGUUUUGAAAAUGAAUAAAUGAUUUGAGAAACAAAUUUAAAUUAAACAGUCCAACCAAUCCAUUGGCCAAGACACAGUCCUGUAAGCAGUUUGCAUUGCCCUUAUUGAGUUAAUCAGAUUAUAGGCCAAAUGAUGGGUGGCGGGAUCGAUGCAAAGUACGCAUUUGUUCUGAAUGGUCAGAAUAGUGGGUAAAUCUGAAACAUGUUAAGAACCCCAUUGAAUGUAUGUUCAGUCAAUGUAGCAUAAUGAUGUCUAUGUGAACUUAUAAGGUUAAAAGAAACUAUUUAUUGGCACAGUCUGAGUGUUCCAUUAGUAAUUUGUAAUAAUUGUUCAUUUAAAGAUGAAUUUAAUUCCUGCCAGAUGUACUAUUUAUUUUUCAAAAAAGUAAAUUUUAUUCAGAUGUGUACUGUGAAUUAUUGUUUGCACUGAUUUUCAUUUAUUCCCCUCUUUCCCUAGUAGCUACUAUGCAAUAUGUGCAUGUAUGCAUCCAGUAGUUAAGGAACCAAAUGCUAACAGUUAUUUUUUUUUAAAGUGUUUCUUUUGCCUGUUGAUGCUCAUUUUCUUAACACUUUACUCCAGAAAUGGCCAUUUUCCCCAAGCACAAAGAUCAGAAAGAGGAAGAGACAAUUUUUACUGUCUUUUGUCCCCUUUACGUUGUAUACACUUCCAUCAAGAGGUGGCUGGGCCUAUGCAGGAGAGGGCUUGCUGCUGUAUUAGGACAAAGCUUGUUAGUCUCGCCAAUGAAAUAUGGUACCAUGUACAGAAUUAGAAAGAUUGGAACAUGUGGGUUUAAACGAGCAAUUGGUUUGGGGUGCACUGCUCCAAUCUGGGAUGAGGGGAUCCACAAAACUGUUAGUUUUAAUGGCCCUUUUGAAACCAGUUAGCCCAAUCGUCCUUGGCUUACCAUAAUCUCCUUUUAGCCCCACCAAAUUUGAAAGCCAGGAGAACAAUGCUGCUGAAAGCAGAAGUGGUAGAGGUUCAGUGUCUUAACUCUGCAGAUCUACCAGAUUGUUUCAAAUGACAGGUAACAGUAUUAAUGUCAUACAUGUAUUUCAGGCUGUACUGGAUUGAGUUUUAUUCUUUGACUUGAUUUCUUGCAUCAGUCUGGAAAGUUACUUUUGGCUUAAAAACAAGGAAUUUCCCACCUUCUGUCAGCUUGGGGGUGUGUCUGCAUGUUGCAUCCAGAAACUGCUGCAUGCAAGAGCAUGAUAUUUUUUGUGACAGUGUACUUUGAAUUUUACCUCUCAAAGUAUCCAGUACGUGUAACUGAAACCACUGUACAAGUAGGCAUAGAGAGUCCGUAAGUGUAUGAAGUAAUGGUGUGCAUGGAAAAUCACCAGCAAAUAUGGAUUUGUUUUCCUGGGAUAGAAUUUAACAAUGUGGUUAUUUCAAAUUUUCUAAAUUUUAAUUAAAAAUGCAUAACUGACAUUUUAAAAAUUUUAUUAUUAAGAACUUUGUGUGAAACUGAGUUAACAGAUUCUACUCUCUUCACCACAUGCCACCUCUCAACUCCCUCCAUUUAUUAAAUUUACAAAGAAACUAAUGCUGUAAACAUAAAUUUAAAAUGAAAUCCAGGGGGUGGGGAAUCAACAGAUUAGAUGGAGAAAUGGCUAACAUUUCAGGUUCAUAGUGUUGAGCCCCUGCCAUUAGACAAAAUGAAAAGAAGACUUGGGAUUUUGUAAUGAAUUACAAUGUGGUUAUGACUGCGAUUGAUACUUAAUUUUUAAUACACAUUUUGAUGCAGUUCCUUUUUUUUAGUUGCACGUCGGACUAUCUUGCUUCUUUACUAAUUCUGUACCAUUUUUGUUAACUGCUUGAAGCACACCUCUUCAUGGUUGUCCACAUACUUGAUAGCCUUGAGUUUCAACUAUCCCUCAUCAGAUUCUGAUUUCCAUUUGUCAUGAUAUUACCUUGGCGUCUCAGUCAAUUGUGAAAUCAAAACUCGUGCUUGUGGGGAAAAGUUUCCAUCUAAAGCAAAUACUUUCUGUGAGUAUCUUGAUCAGGUAAAAAGAAAUCCAUUCUGAUUGGGAAAAGAAAUACCUAGUUCCUGAAUGUGAUUGCCAGUACUUAAACACUGUUAAUAUUUAGACAGGUGCACCCCUUUAUACACUAUAUCUUCUCAUAAUGGCCACUAUCAUUCAAUUUGGAGAGAAGGACAUUUCAAAACUUGGGGUUUAUGCAACAUGUUUAGAUUAGGGAUGUACAUAAUUGCAUUGGGAGUUAAAAUAAUCCUCAAGUGUCAAGAACAAAAGAUAUUUUUGUAAGAUCAAGAUGAAAUAUGUUCAGCCCUGAAUAAUUAGCAGUGUUUUAACCCCUGUUGACAAGAUUUAAGUUUGCAAGCCUAUAUCUUUUUCAUGCUGCAGUAAUGUUUAUCCAACUGAACAUAUGACCAUAAUGUGUAAAUUCUAAUCCUGUUGCCAGAAGGUUUUUUUUAAGUAUGUUUCAAAUUGCACUUUCUUGCUUUUUUAAAUUUUGCACAAGACCAGAGUUUUUUUUUAAAUGCCAGAUGCUGUUGUAACUUGUAAUUAUUUGUGUAAUUGUUAUGUUUUAAAGUGUGUCUACUUAAUUAUUGUCUUGGAAAAUGUUGUGCCUUCCACUUGUAA